AACGCAGGACAUUCGAGAGUCGUGCUCGCUGUGUCUGACGACGACCAAGACGGCGGCGAAGCGAAAACGGAAGGCACACAGCGCGAUUAGAGCGAUAUUAUCUGCGGGAGAAUGAUAGUUGGUCGUGCCCAGCUUCCUUUUACAGCGAGGUCGCGAUGUUUUGACCUUGCUACACCUCUGCUGUCUGGGACAAGCAGGACCAUCACUAGUGCCAGGAUACACAGGUACUAUUGUACUCCAGUUCAUCGUUCCAGUUCUCGCCAUAGCCCAUACAUCAUCACAUCUUCACCCGGUUUUUCUCGCGCAUAUGCACAGAAAACCAAGUCAUCACCUUCAACCACUCGCCAUACAGCUCCUCGCCCUCCAGCGCCGUCAUCGACGCUAAAGACAUCCACAACGUCUAAACCUUCUGCUACCGCGAGUGCAACCUCUUCAGCAACCUCUUCUACGCCCAUAAAUACCGCGACACCGAAUCCAAGUCCUCCUUCAGCCAAGGCCAAGAGUCCAUCGCUAGUGCGGAGUCUACUGGGUAAGAAGUCCGGCGAUGGUGCCUCCAAAACUGGGCUCAAGGCAAAGUCGACCGAUGCCCAGAUAGCAGAACUGGAGAACAUGAUGAAAAUGCCUCGCCAUUUUCCUACCACUGACAUGUGGGGUCAAAAAAUGCUUACCCUUGAUGUCCAAGUACCCCGUGACUUGCGUGCAGUCAUCAGCUUGAGACCUAUCUCUGUUUCUACCAUCUUUGAUGCUAUCAAGGACAAUACAGGCAAUUGGAUGAAGAAUGUUUUUAGUAUGUUCACCAUCGCAAAGGCGAACGCGUUUCCGGACAUAACUGUUAAAUCACCUUGGUCGAGGCAGCUCUUCAAAGUUGGUAGUUAUAUGAAAGAUGCUUGGGUCUCGCCCUUGAUUAGAACAGCUAGCAUCGCAUACGUGGGCAUGAACAAUGCCGUCGCUGAAAAAAGCAUACAGGGGAUCAAAAAUACCACCUCUGACAACAUGCAAGCCAAGCUUCUGAAGCUUGUGCGCAGCCGUGAUCCAGGACUCAUCUAUCACUGGCGAUGUAUCAGCGAAGCCAGUCCUACACGCAUUGUCUCUAUCCGCGCUGCAGAGGGGUAUCUUGCCCAAGAGCCACCUAAACAAGGGAACAGACUUGUCAUUCACGCGCUUGUCAGGUUCGAUUCAUUCCAGACACUACAAGUAUUUACGAAGAAGGGCGUACCGGUUGAUGGAAAGGAACCCAUGAGGCGGCACGUCACCGAGUAUAUGGUAUUCGAGAAGCGGGGAUGGUAUGACACACCAUGGACCGUGAGGGAACAGCUAUACGAAAAGGUGGAAAAGGUUUAGGACGUGGUACGUGGAAGGUAUUUUAGUUGGUGAUUGUUUAAGGGGUUGUGCCAGUGCUUUAAUCUUAAUAGAUCUAAUUUCAUCCGAUAGAAUGGAGGAAAGGAUAUAUGAUCAGGUUCUACGUACUUGAGAUUAUGUAUUUCACCUAACGUUUUAUCUCUUCCCACUG